AUGAAGCUCUACUACGUCCUGCGAGGAGUGGGAAUCACGGUUGGAGCCAUUAUUCCACUCAUCAUGUAUAUUGUCUAUAUGAAACAGGCAGUGAGUUCCACUUCCAAUACAAAAAGGCUUCACCAAAGAGAGCCUGCCAAGGAUCAGAAUACUAUGCUGAUGACUAGACUGGAGAAUAUUGAAAAGAACCUCAACAAACUAUGUAAGUGUUUUGAACUAUGAACAGUGCCUUGCAAAAGUAUUCAUCCCCCUUAGCGUUUUUCCUAUUUUGUUGCAUUACAACCUGUAAUUUAAAUGGAUUUUUAUUUGGAUUUCAUGUUAUGGACAUACACAAAAUAGUCAAAAUUGGUGAAGUGAAAUGAAAAAAAUAACUUGUUUCAAAAAAUGGAAAAGUGGUGCGUACAUAUGUAUUCACCCCCUUUGCUAUGAAGCCCCUAAAUAAGAUCUGGUGCAACCCAAUUACCUUCAGAAGUCACAUAAUUAGUUAGAUUGCACACAGGUGGACUUAAUUUAAGUGUCACAUGAUCUGUCACAUGAUCUCAGUAUAUACACCUGUUCUAAAAGGCCCCAGAGUCUGCAACACCACUAAGCAAGGGGCACCUCCAAGCAAGCAGCACCAUGAAGACCAAGGAGCUUUCCAAACAGAUCAGGGACAAAGUUGUGGAGAAGUACAGAUCAGGGUUGGGUUAUAAAAAAAAUAUCAGAAACUUUGAACAUCCCACAGAGCACCAUUAAAUCCAUUAUAAAAAAAUGGAAAGAAUAUGGCACCACAACAAACCUGCAAAGAGAGGGCCACCCACCAAAACUCACGGACCAGGCAGGGAGGGCAUUAAUCAGAGCGGUAACAAAGAGACCAAAGAUGAAGCUCCACAGCGGCGAUUGGAGUAUCUGACCAUCGGACCACUUUAAGCCGUACACUCCACAGAGCUGGGCUUUACUGAAGAGUGGUCAGAAAAAAGACAUUGCUUAAAGAAAAAAAUAACCAAACACGUUUGUUGUUUGCCAAAAGGCAUGUGGAAGAAGGUACUCUGGUCAGAUGAGACUAAAAUUGAGCUUUUUGGCCAUCAAGGAAAACGCUAUGUCUGGCGCAAACCCAACACCUCUCAUCACCCCGAGAACACCAUCCCCACAGUGAAGCAUGGGGGUGGCAGCAUCAUGCUAUGGGGAUGUUUUUCAUCGGCAGGGACUGGGAAAUUGGUCAGAAUUGAAGGAAUGAUGGAUGGCGCAAAAUACAGGGAAAUUCAGUCUUCCAGAGAUUUGAGACUGGGACAGAGGUUCACCUCCCAGCAGGACAAUGACCCUAAGCAUACUGCUAAAGCAACACUUGAGUGGUUUAAGGGGAAACAUUUAAAUGUCUUGGAAUGGCCUAGUCAAAUCCCAGACCUCAAUCCAAUUGAGAAUCUGUGGUAUGACUGUAAUUGCUGCAAAAGGUGGCUCUACAAAGUAUUGACUUUGGGGGGGGUGAAUAGUUAUGCAAGCUCAAGUUCUGUUUUUAUUUUAUUUCUUGUUUGUUUCACCCCAAAAAAUAUUUUGCAUCUUCAAAAUGGUAGGCAUGUUUUGUAAAUCAAAUGAUACAAACCCCCCAAAAAUCCAUUUUAAUUCCAGGUUGUAAGGCAACAAAAUAGGAAAAAUGCUAAGGGGGGUGAAUACUUUCGCAAGCCACUAUAAGUGUUUUUAUGUGUUCUCAAUCGCCAUCUUGACAUACAUUCUUUGCAUUACAGUAUUGUUUACUGAAGUACAUGACAUGACACUAUUCACAGUGAUUUUUUAAAAUAUUUUUCUUUAUAAACACAUGGAUUGUGACUCUUCUAAUGCAUUUCUGCAAUAUUUCUGUUAUGUUGCAUGGGUAAUAUGCAGUACUAUGGUUUCAUUGCUAUUGGCAAGCAGCCAAAAUAAUCCAGUCAUUGUCUGUCAAUCAUUAAAUACAACUACCAGUGACUCAGAAAUACUGUAAAAUCAAGUGCUACUGAAGAACAAAAGGGAAUUCAUAUAUAUUUUUGCAAUAUUGUUGAUGUUAGUCUCUAACUGAUAGAUGCCACUCAUGCCUAUAACAUUGUCGCAUAGUAUUCCUCAGUGGCAUCAGUAAUACUUGAGAGCAUUUUGUUCACAGCCAAAUUAAUAGAAUCAAAAAAUCAGGAAGACCCCCCAACAAGGGAAGGAGUUGCGGUAACAGAGGCAAAGAAGAUGGUGGUGCCCAAAUUGUAUCCCAACUCCUACCUGUUUACAAAGUGGGGUGAUGACCUCUCAGAGGAGGAGCAGAGAGAGGCCGAGGCGCUGUUCCAGAGAUAUGGAUACAACGUCUUCUUGAGUGACCAACUGCCACUCAACAGAGAGCUGCCAGAUACACGAGACAACAGGUUAAACCAACUGUAAUCAGGACCGUAACUUUGUUGAAAAUGUAUGCACUCUCUAACUGUAAGUCGCUCUGGAUAAGAGCGUCUGCUAAAUUACUAAAAUGUAAUGACUGUAACUACGCUGCUUGGUCAUGACUUGAUGAAAUUAGGAGGACAUUUAAAUAUUACAGUCUGAUAAAUGGUAAGACACAAAUCACAUGUGGUGGUAUGCCUUCUAAAUAAUCUCUCAACACUCAGAUGUUUGCAGAAGAAAUACCCCAAGGACCUGCCCAGUAUUGCUGUGGUGUUGAUCUACCUGGACGAGGCCCUGUCUAUCAUUAAGAGGGCAAUCCGCAGCAUCAUCAACCGAACCCCUGAACACCUGCUGAGAGAAAUCAUUCUGGUGGACGACCACAGCUCCAAUGGUGCAUCUCACGGUCACCAUUCCAUGACUAUAACGAUCUGUGUUUGUUGUGCUUUUGUUACUAGUGGAGUAAAUAUUUGUCUAUAGUCUUAAUUAUGAACCUCUUCUCUCCACAGAGGACCUGGGAGAAAAGCUAGCUGCCUACAUAGAGUUCAUCCACAAGGACCGGCCGGGCCUUAUAAAGAGGGUGAGACACAAGUAUCAGAUGGGUCUGACUCAAGCUCGCAUCUCAGGGUGGGCACACGCCACCGCCGAUACAGUGGCCGUUCUGGAUGCCCACAUUGAAGUCAAUGUCGGAUGGUAAGUGCCAUGCGUGUAUGGUGUUUCCCCUACAUUAUUUGGGCAGCAUCUGUCUGCUUGUCUUUGAUUUAUUGAUUUUUGUUGUCCACGCUUACAGGGCAGAGCCACUGCUGGCCAGGAUCAAAGCAGACAGGACCACUGUGGUGACUCCGGUGUUUGACAAGGUCGGUUUUGAUGACCUGCAGGUGGAGCAUUACUGGGCCAGUGCACACGGCUUUGACUGGCCCCUGUGGUGCAUGUACGAGUCCUUCAGACCCGAGUGGAACGAGCUCCAUGAUGAAUCACAGCCAGGGAAGUAAGUGAAGUCCACUAUGUAGCAUCCAGCCCCAUCACUGUGAGGCUUAUUGUCUCAUAUGUUCUGUAUUAAUUAGUAGCAGUGAAUAGGAAUUGCAGAAUAAUAUUAUGUACACUGAACAAAAAUAUAAACGCAACAUGUAAUGUGUUGGUUUCAUGAGAUGAAAUAAAAUAUCACAGAAAUUUUCCAUACGCACAAAAAGCGUAUUUUUCUCAAAUUUUGCACACAAAUUUGUUUACAUCCCUGUAAGUGAGCAUUUCUCAUUUGCCAAGAUAAUCUAUCCACCUGACAGGUGUGGCAUAUAAAGAAGCUGAUUAAACAGCAUGAUCAUUACACAGGUACACCUUGUGCUAGGGACAAUAAAAGGCCACUCUAAAAUAUGCAGUUUUGUCACACAACACAAUGACACCGAUGUCUCAAGUUUUAAGGGAGUGUGCAAUUGGCAUGCUGACUACAGGAAUGUCCACCAGAGAUGUUGCCAGAAUUGAAUGUUCAUUUCUCUACCAUAAGCCGCCUCAAACAUCGUUUUAGAGAAUUUGACAUUACUUCCAACCGGCCUCACAAUCACAGACCAUGUGUAACCACGCCAGCCCAGGACCUCCACAUCCGGCUUCUCCACCUGCGGGUUCGCCACCCUAACAGCUGAAUCUGUGGGUUUGCACAACCCGAAAAAAUUUAUUCACAGACUGUCAGGAACCGUCUCGGGAAGCUCAUCUGCCUGCUCCUCAUCCUCACCUGGGUCUUGAUCUGACUGCAGUUCGGCAUCGUAACUGACUUCAGUGGGCAAAGGCUCACCUUUGAUGGCCACUGGCACGCUGGAGAAGUGUGCUCUUCACAGAUGCAUCAACUGUAUCGGGCGAGUGGUUUGCUGAUGUCAAUGUUGUGAACAGAGUGCCCCAUGGUGGCGGUGGGGUUAUGGUAUGGGCAGGCAUAAGCUACGGACAGCAAACACAAUUGCAUUUUAUCGAUGGCAAUUUGAAUGCACAGAGAUACCAUGACGAGAUCCUGAGGCCCAUUGUCGUGCCAUUCAUCUGCCGCUAUCACCUCAUGUUUCAGCAUGACUGCAUGGACCAAUGUCACAAGGAUCUGUACACAAUUCCUGGAAGCUGAAAAUGUCCCAGUUCUUCCAUGGCCUGCAUACUAACUAGACAUGUCACCCAUUGAAGAGGAGUGGGACAACAUUCCACAGGCCACAAUCAACAGCCUGAUCAAAUCAAUGCGACGGAGAUGUGCCACGCUGCAUGUGGUAAAUGGUGGUCACACCAGAUACUGACUGGUUUUCUGAUCCACACCCCUACCUUUUUUAAAGUUAUCUGUGACCAACAAAUGCAUAUCUGUAUUCCCAGUAAUGUAAAAUCCAUAGAUUAGGGCCUAAUUAAUUUAUUUCAAUUGACUGAUUUCCUUAUAUUUAAUAUAUAUAUUUAACUCAGUAAAAUAAAUUAAAUUGUUGCGUUUUAGAUAUUUUUGUAGUGUAGUAUUGAUUUCAAUGACGUGUGUAUUGUGUCUAAGUCCUACUUCUUGUAGCUUACUCGCUGGUUGGUUCCACAUAAUCACUCACUGAGUUUUUGUUUUAAUAGGAGUCCUUCUGUCAUGGGUAUUUUUGUGGCACAUCGACUUUUCCUUGGAGAGAUUGGGGUACUUGAUGGUGGAAUGAAAAUCUAUGGAGGAGAGAAUGUUGAGCUGGGGAUCAGGGUAGGUUACCAUGGCGUAAUGGCUGUACAAAUUACAUUAUCUGACGUCAAGUAGCUAAGGAAGUUGUCCUCAGUUGGGUAUAUAUUAGACUUGUCAUUUUACAAGCACAUAGCAGAGUUCUAAUGUAUGUUUUGUCUCACAUAUCUUCAAUAACAUUUUGUGGUGAUCUGGUCUGUUUUGUUCCAGGUGUGGCUAUGUGGAGGAAGCGUUGAAGUAGUGCCUUGUUCUAAGAUCGCUCACAUUGAGAGGGCACACAAACCUUAUGCACCUGACCUGAGUAACAUAAUGAGAAGGAAUGCACUGAGGGUUGCUGAGAUCUGGAUGGAUGAUUACAAAAGUAAUGUGAACAUUGCUUGGAAUCUUCCAUUGAAGGUAGGGCAAUAGAGAUUAGGGCAAUUCCAUGGUAACGGAAUUACACUGACUUGAAUUGCCCAUAAACCUCUGUGGGUCGGGCAAUGAAAAAAUAAGACUUUCUGUCCUAUAAAUAGCCUGUGGAAAUCAUUUUGAUUGUUUUUCUAACAGUAUUAUUUUUGAUGUAUGGCUCCUAGGAUCAUGGGAUUGAUAUCGGCGACGUGUCAGAGAGGAAGAAGCUCAGAGAAAAGCUUAAAUGUAAGCCCUUCAAGUGGUACCUGGAUAACGUGUAUCCUACACUGGCCACCUGGGAGGAGCUAGUGGCCUAUGGAGGAGUAAGGGUUACAUUAUUACUAAAUCCCUCACCAGAUUAAUACAAUGUACAGGAUUAUAACUUUGACAACUGUUUAACUGAUAUUUGCCUGGUAAAUGCCAAACAAUGUUUAACCAAAUGUAGCAGCACCCUAAAACAAAGACUCAUUAUGAAAAACAGUUGUAACAAUUAAAUGUUCUGAUUUAAUGGUGAAACUGAACAAUCAGGCUGCGUUUCGACAGGCAGCCCAAUUCUGAUAUUUUUUUCCACUAAUUGGUCUUUUGACCAAUCACAUCAGAUAUUUUCACAUCAGAUCUUUUUUCAGAGCUGAUUUGUUAAAAGACCAAUUCGUAAAAAAAAGAAAAAUCAGAAUUGAGCUGCCUGUCUAAACGCAGCCUCCGACUCAUGGGCACAGAUCUUCUUAGUGAACGCAUAGCAUACUGUCUACUGUUUCAAACUAUGGCGCCAAACCUACCUGUACUGAGAUGGCCUGGUUAUUAUUAUUUAUUUCCACAAUGUGAAAAUAAAAUAUCGGAGCCGGUACAGUUUGGUUCGACUGGGCACGAUAGUGUGAAGAGGGUAUUAGUGUACCACCAAAUGUUCCUGCCUAAACACACCACCUUCUUGCCCCUCCAGCUGCAGAAUGACCUCCUGCAGAGCCAUUGUAUUGAUGAGGGGACUGUUCCUGGGAAUAUACCCCUUCUUUAUGGAUGUCAUUUCUAUCAACCACAGGUAUGUUUGUAUUCUGUGUGUCUGUCUGUGUAUUAUAUAAUUUUGUGCCAAACAACCCAUUCACCACGUCUGUUGAAUAAUGUGCUUAUCCACAGCAAUGUUAUUACAACACUGAUGGGGAGAUCUACGUGGGUGGGAUUAAGUCUCACAAGUACAACAACAACCGGUGUCUAGUGGAUCCUGGCACUGGAAAUAUACCAACGCUGCAUGAUUGUAAACUGGCAACGGAGAGGGUACUACACAAGCACUGGGUCUUUCAACAGGUAACCUGUAAUCAGACAUGUGGGUCAAGGUCAUACAUUUUAGAACCCCCCCCCCCUCUCUCCCAGGUGUCCUACAACUACAGAGCUGAUUAAAAUAACCAACUCAUCAACCUUUUGAUUAUUUGAAUCAGCUGCUGUGUAGUGCUAGGGUAAAAACCAAAACGUGCACCCAGUGGGGGCCCCAGGACCGGGUUUGGGAAACCCUGUUCUAGAGCAGUGGUCACCCACCCUGGUAUGGUAGAGCUACAGUCUAUGCACCACACCCAAAGACAGUUUAAUCAAAGCCUUAUUCAUAACAGCAUUCACUAAACAAGCAUGCAAAGUUAUUUUAUUUUUUAUUUUUUUCAGGGUCAAGCCAUCAAGAACACACACACAAAUAGGUGUCUUGAGAUUGCCCAGGGACAAGACUCAUACUAUAUGCUGGUCAUCCAACAGUGCACUGGGCAAAACUGGAGAAUACAACAUGUCAUAAGAGAGUUCUAAAACACCCCCAUGGACAAGUUGUUGGGGUCACAUUCCUGAAAUUCUAGAUUUGACAUUGAGAUUUGUGUUAUCUAUCAUUACUGUUUCAAAUGAUAUCUUGCCAAAAGAAAAUACAAAAUUGAUUUUAUUUGAGGUAUUGACAACAAACAUCCAAUGUAGACUAUUUCACUAUUCUUUCUCUUGAAAACAUGACACAGUCAGAAUUAAAGAUUGC